CCGGGGCCCGCCGCCCGCGUACCACAUGGUUCGUCUUGGGACACAGUCAUCUGCCGUGGCCGCCGGCCUGUACCUUCUUCUGUUCAUCUGGCUCAACCUCUGUGUCGGUCUCGACCGUGACCUCACCAACCCCUGUGCAUAACAAAACACUCCCAAGGCCGCAGCGGCGAACUCGACGGUGUAACCAAAACAGGCGAGGAUUACGUCUUCCGUUCCUAGGAAAUGUCCCUCGCAACCCGGCAUCAGUAGCGCUGCCGCGAUUGGGUGGACCGUACUAAGAUGCUUCAAGCGUGGGCGUCUUGCUCUGCGGUAAGAGGCGUUGCCCAGACCGAGUUGAACCUCCCGGUGCCACGAACAGCCACGCCAGCUAGCUCCCGCCCGCAGUGCUCGCGAGCCUCGGUCAAUGGGUACACGAGCGCAGUCGCAUCCGCCACGUUCCAGCUGCAUCCUCGCCCCCACACCCGUCUGACAACAUUGCUAUGGCAGCCCUGUUCCUGCACCAGGCCCUCUUCUCGUCGGAAAGCUCGGUGGUUCCGCAGACGGCCUCUUCUGCACGCUCAUCAUUCACGCGGGACCGACGACUGUCCGCAGUGUCGUCGGUGACCCUCCACACCGUGUCCAACUCGGAUCACUCGCACCCCACGGAGCCGCUUCUGAACCCACCGAUUCCGGAGGCCUCUUCUUCUUCGACAUACGUCGAUCUUCUAGCGCGACAACCCAGACAUCCGACGAGCCCGAGCAGCGCUGCGGACGGAGCACUCAGUCUUGAAGGAGACCCCCUAACAGCGAACGAGCGGAGGAGUCAUUGGGAGCGUCGGACACGGAGGCGAUUACGUAGGCUGCGGUGGACGAAGAGGUCAUUGCUCAGUGUGAUAGGUGCAUGGGCAACGUACAACACCAUUCGUUACUUCUUGGCAUUCGCGAUCUACCCGUACCAUGAUCGACAAUUAAUCCUCCUCUCUCUGGGGACAUGCACUGCGUUCUCCCUGACUUUCAUUCUCAUCUCAGUGCUCAUAGGCGCCUUCGCUCCUUACCUCGGCUGGACAUCCAGACCGAACGCUCCUCAUGCUGUCGUGCAAGUUAUCCUAACUUAUAUGUCGUCUGCUUUGCUACUCAGCCCCGCCGUCGUCAACCUUGCUUUCGUUUUUGUCUGGAGACAUACUCCCAAUCUCAUCAACACACUCGUCCACCGCUGCCGCUGGGACAUCGAUGUCUUCUGGUCUGGGCUCGGCUCGCAAUGCAACGUGUCCCCCUCCUGGGCUGAGUGGCUCGCGGGAUCUGUAGUCCGCUUGGUACUCACGCUCGCAGUUCUCAUCGCUUAUCACCUGACAGCCUACCACUAUGACAUCACCCUCCAGCCUUCUCGUAGACGGCGUCGUUCCCGUCCACGGUCAGGCUCUUCAGUGCCGUCCGUAACGCCAAAGUCCACGUCUACAGGAACCCAUCACCCAAUGUCUUCGACGUCAACGCCCGUGUCCCCCCUUUCGCUCUCGCAGAUCGGCCGGCAGCUGUCGAUAUCAACGUCCGAAGGUCACGCGACGAUUGAGAGCUACUCCAGCUCGGGGGAACACCGGCCACUGCGCAGCUCCCAGUCUCGCAUAAACGCACAGAGCUUCCUGGCCAGUCGAUCGAAGGACGGUUUCGCGUCCCCGGCCCUCUCGCCCACCCGCAGCGAGAAGGACCGCUCCCUCGGCGUGUCAGCGUUCUCGAAGCGCGAGGACACGUCCCCUAAUUCAUCGGAUGAGGACCUUCCCUCGUCCCUGGGGACUGACAGGUUCGGCCGUUCUAUCCGGAGAAUUCCUGGCAACUACACGCUCCCGGGGGCCCCGGACGCAUCGCACACCGACAACCCCGGAGAGCCGCCGCGCGACGCGAUGUCAGACAACGAGCUGUACAGUUUUGUGGACCGUUUCCGGUCACUCGUAGAUCAAAUCGCACGAGAGACCGAGGAAGGCAUUACACUCGCCCAAAACGAGAGCCCGGGGUACGCCUCCUCCAUGUCUCAUGAUAUAGAGGACCUAAGACCAAGUUAUCGCUCAACCUUCCCCUCUGAUGACGAUGACGACUAUGUCCCUGUGCUCGGAAAGACUAUCCACCGGAUGCCCACCAUAGAGUCGCUCGGGUCGCGUGAGGUGAUGAGCCUCGCGACGUCGAGCCUACACCGAGCGUCUCCGGGACCACACCACAUGUCUCGCCCUUCGACGCGCUCAAACACGUUCAGCCUCAGCGAGGCAGGUAUGGAUACACCCUCCGUCCGAAGCCGUGCCAACUCGCUCGACGCGGCGCUCGCGCUUGUCUCAACACCAACGACCACGGAUCUCCCGGACGAGGUGUGGGGAGGCUCAGUACAGCCCACAGCGGGUUCCGGAGACGUGUCGAGAUCCGGGUCGCAUGCAAGCAGUAGUAGCAAGAGCAAUCCUCAGGAGCCAUAUCCGCCGGAGGGAGAGUAACAAGUCACCAGAAGUGGGUCUGUUUCCUCUUGGUGGCAGCCACACACGCAGCUGCUCGACAUGUUCCAUUUGCUAUGGACUUCGCGGUGCUCGCCCUACUGUCGUUACGGUUGAGUAACUUAUCUCUAACCGCAUGGUGCUAGAUCCACCGUAACCUACAUGAGUAGUCGAACGAUUACCCUGUACCUAUCGAUAAAUGAUCAGAGUCCAUUGAAGGCAAGAA